AUGGCAUCAAGCAAGGCUAGGUUGGAAACUGCCCAGCAGUCCCUACAUGAGAAUGGCUUUUUUGAGCUACCAGACUGCGAAGUUGGAGAUCACAUUGCCGUUUUCCAGUCUAAGGGCUUUCCUUAUGGGACCAUAUUUGCCUUGGAACUUCUCAUUGAGGCUGUGAUCUUUGAUCCGAGGAUUCGUGACAUACUUCAUGCGUACUCCGACGACUUUAUCCUCGGCCAUCAUUUAAGGUAUACAGCGAAACCUGGACGAUUCUUUCGCUUCUGGGCCGGGGGCCCAAACACUCGUCGGCUUUUUGUGGUUCAUCAAUGGGCAAAAGGGUCACGAGUGGACUACUGGAUUGGGUCGCACAAAGUUGCGCUGCCAGUUCUACAGCCGCAAGGUGAAAAUAUGGAGCCUUUGCAUGAAAAUGAUAGAGAAUCGCUCGUUGAGGCGGGCUGCAAGCCUCAACAGUUUUAUUUCCCAGAGGGUGGUUUAAUAAUUACUGAUGCACGAAUCUCCUUCGAUCGCAAGGCAGGCUACGAACUUGCCAACGUGUUCUUUCCUCGUGAUCUUCUCCCCAAACUUCCAAUGCAGCUCCCUUAUUCACCUGAGAUGGAGAGGAAGGUCAAAAAUAUGAGGGAGAAGAGCGGGACACUUGGUGUAAAUUUCGAAAUUAGAUACCCGACCCAGACAUAA